CAACAGAUUCGCAGACCAACCUUGUGCGCGCGUUCAUCACUCUCUUCACUUCAUCACCUCCCUCUCUUCUUCAUUCCGAGCACAUCGAAAAUGACACAACCACCACCAUCGGUCGAUAAGGACGGGCGUCAGGACGUACUCCUGCUCAAACAGCAGCUCGCGGAGGCGCUCGGCGAAAACGGACCGUCCUACUGGCAAGCGCUCACGGACUUUGUCUCUGGAAAACUCAAUCGACAGGAAUUCGACUUUUACGCUAAUCUCUACCUCUCUCGCAAGAACGCCCCGCUUCACAAUCAGUUUAUUCUCGCUAAUAUCCAUAACGCGCAAAAGGAUGCACCGCCACCAAGCAAGGGUUCAGUUGGAUGGGGCAAAGGAAAGAGAGGCAAGGAUGGCAAGCUGCUUAAGGAGAAGGAUCCCAAGAGGCGGAAAAUCAAGAACCAAGUUCUCAGUCUCGGCAAGACUGAGCGAGAGAGGAUCAAAGCGCUCAAGCACAAACAUAGCGGGAUGGUCAAACAAAAGAUGAAGGAACACAGGGUAUCGAAACCGAUGGCUCCAACAAUGUCUCAACAGGCCCUUGUUGCGGAAUACAACAGAGGCGCCAACGCACCGCUAUGCUUCGACUCGAAGGAGCUGCCGGAUUUUGAAUCGAUGAAAGACAGAAUGACAGCCGUGGCCCUGGAGAACGGGCUUGUGGGAGGUAUCCAGGAGGGGGCUGUUGAGCUUAUGCUUCAUGCCUUGGAGGUGCGCACCAUUUUUUGUUUUUGCAUGUAAGAGUUUGCUACGAACAAUCGUAUCUCAUGCAGUGGAACUGACAACCGUGUUGUCUACAUUCUUUUUUCUUUUCCUAAAGAGCCAUAUCAAAAGCAUUAUCAGCAAUUGUAUCAUCAAGCUGCGAACGAAUCGGGCGCUAGGCAUCACGGUGCCCAAGCGGGAGCUUGUACAGGCAGCAGGACAGCAGCAACAGCAGCAACAGCAGCAACAGCCACACAGUGUGUCGUCAUCUGCAGAUAACUCGAGUCCAUUCAAUUCGGCGGCGCACAAUAUUUCAAAGGGCGCGUCCUCCUCAGCAGACCAACAGCUACCAUCAUCAUCCAAUGCUUCAUACCAGGCCUCUUACAACAAUAGUGGC